CAAUCAAAAGAAAUACUGAAAAAGAGCCCAGUGCAAAUAGCGUAUCAAGAGUUCCUCCAACCUGAAGAUAAUCAAAAUGAUGACAUCAAUAAAAAUGAAAACUAUUCAAAUAAUAGUAAUUCUAAUGUUGCAGGAUUACCAAAAUCAAAGAAAAGAAAACGCAUCAGAACUACAGAUCUGCGUGCUGCUGGUUGGGAGAACAAAGUUAGGAUAUUAAAUGAAUACUUUGGUACGAAAAGUGUUUUAAAUCUAACGAAAUCAUCAAUCAUACCCAAACGUCUGAAGUCUUCGGUUGAUGACAUUUGUAAGCACUAUCGCCUAGUAUUGCCCACACUGUUGAAGAAUAAAGAAUAUAGAGCUUUAAAAUAUAUUAGUAAAUGUCAUACAAAAGAAGAUCUAUACCAAUCUGUUAAGGAAAUUGAUCCUUUUUGUGAUGAGUCUGAACUUCCCUUCAUAAAAUUAGCUAUACAAAAGCUAUGCUACCUAUGGCACCAUAAUAUAUUAAAAGGUGACCAUAACGAAGAUUGGUACCGAGUAAAUGUUUACGGUGACCUGUUUGAUCUUAUUUUCUGUGGACAAACAGGCUAUGAAACUAAAAGGGCGGAGUGUCAUUCUCAUAUCGUAAAAUCACUAAGGGCAAUGGUGUUAUAG